GAGAGCGCUUGUUUUGCCUGGUGUAUCCGAGGGGGGGCGGACAGCUGAGCACAGUGAGCUUGUCCUUGAGACAUGACUGCCCGAGGGUUUCCCAUCUAUAUUCCCGGGACAGUCCGAGUCUUUAGCGCGACCGUCUGACAAGAUGCUGGGUGUUUUUGUCAGAGCCGCGCUGCGGCCAGGUAUGGUGAAGCCAUGUCGCCUAGUCAGACCAGUAACGCAGAUCCUAGCAAGGCCCCUGACGCACCAAGAGGGUUUGCCUAAACUACCUGUGCCACCCUUGAAGCAAACGUGUGAGCGCUACCUCGCAGCUCUGGAGCCCAUCGUCAGUGAGGAGGAGAUGGAACACACCAGGCAGGUGGUACAAGAGUUCCUCAAGGGUGGUGUAGGAGAAAGGCUUCAAAAGGGACUGGAACGACGGGCACGCAAGACGGAUAACUGGUUGUCAGAAUGGUGGAUGCAGAUGGCCUACCUGGAUUGCCGUAUGCCGGUGGCAGUUUAUACCAGCCCUGGAGUGGUCCUGCCCCAAAUGCAUUUUCAAGAUCGUCAAGGACAAAUGAGGUUUGCUGCCAAACUAAUUUCAGGAGUUUUGGACUUUAAAAAAAUGAUUGACACUCAGACUCUGCCUGUAGAGUAUUUGAGUGGGAAGCCGCUGUGUAUGGACCAGUAUUACCAGAUCCUGUCCUCCUGUCGUAUUCCUGGACCAAAGAGAGAUACUGUUGUAAAUCACGCCAGAGGAAAAACACCUCCGACUCACAUCACCGUGGUCCACAACUUCCAGUUUUUUGUCCUAGAUGUGUACAACAGCGAUGGCACACCACUAACAGUGGAUCAGAUUUACAUGCAGUUGGAGAAGAUCUGGAACUCCUCUUUGCAGACUAACAAAGAACCGGUUGGCAUCCUUACAUCGCAGCACCGCAACACCUGGGGAAAAGCCUAUAAUAACCUGAUUAAGGACAGGACGAAUAAGGAGUCGGUCCGUGCCAUCCAGAAAAGUAUUUUUACAGUUUGUUUGGAUGCUCCAAUGCUGCGGGUGUCUGAUGAGCUAUAUCUGAGCCGUGUGGCUGCCCAGAUGCUGCAUGGAGGAGGAGCUCGCUGGAACAGCGGCAACCGCUGGUUUGAUAAGACAUUACAGUUCAUUGUUGGUGAAGACGGUACAUGUGGACUGGUGUAUGAGCAUGCACCUGCUGAGGGUCCACCCAUUGUGUUUCUCAUCGAUUACGUUGUUAAAUACAUGCAGAGGACUGAAUUCAUUCGCUCUCCCAUGGUUCCCCUGGCCAUGCCCCAGAAGCUGCGUUUCAACAUUACACCGGAGGUCAAGAGAGAUAUUGAGAAGGCCAAACAAAAUAUGAACAUAAUGGUGCAGGACUUGGAUGUGAAAGUGCUUGUGUUUUCUCACUUUGGAAAAAAUGUGCCAAAGCAACAUAAGCUCAGUCCAGAUGCCUUUGUGCAAAUGGCUCUCCAGCUUGCGUACUUCAGGAUCUAUAAUAUUUGCUGCUCUACUUAUGAGAGUGCUUCCUUAAGAAUGUUCAAAUAUGGGCGAACAGAUGCGAUCCGCUCAACUACUGUAGACUCCUUUAAAUUUGUCCAGGCAAUGCAAGACCCAGCUAAACAGAGCUCGGAGACGCUGGCACUGCUGCAGAAGGCCGUUGAGACGCAUAAAGAAAACACGUACAAUGCAAUUCAUGGGCAGGCCAUUGACAGACACCUCCUCGGUCUCAAGAGGCAGAGUAUAGAAGACCUGACCUCUAUACCUGAGAUAUUUAUGGACACCUCUUAUGCUGUGGCUAAUCAUUAUAAUCUCUCCACCAGCCAGGUUGGCUCCAAGACAGACUGCGUGAUGUGCUUUGGUCCAAUGGUGCCAGAUGGCUAUGGAGUGUGUUACAAUCCCAUGGAUGAGCACAUCAACAUCGCCAUCACAGCCUUUAACAGCUGCGAGGAGACAAAUGCUGCCAACUUUGCCGAGGCUGUAGAGGAAGCACUGUUGGACAUGAGAGCUCUCUUGGAAGACACAGCUACAGCCAAGCAGUGAUCCCAUACAGGAACCUGGCAUGGUGUUUUUGUGCCCCGCUGGGGUGGUAUGGAGAGCUGGAACUGAACUUGGAACAAUGCCACACUGACACAGACAUGCAGUGUACUGAGUGUGUUGGAGCUAAAGGGGAAAACCUGUUUUCAAAGGGAUUGUGGGAAGUGUAAUGUGUGACUGUCAAUGUACUGCCUUCAAGAUAUAUAUAUAGAUGUGUGUGUGUGUGUGUGUGAACUUUACAUGAGCAUCGUUUGCUAGUUGUAAUGGUAUAAAUAUGUUAUGCUUUUUUAUACUUAUACAGCAGUUCGGUGUGCUAUCUUCCACAUGACUGUCCUUGCUUAAUUUAAAAGAUUUUGCGUGCUUUGGUUUGUUUGUUUAUUUCAGGUCAAAAUAAUUUGCAUAUAGUUACAACAGUCAAAAACCAAUAUUAUUUAAAGAUCCUUUUUCAUUUGACCCUCAUUUGAAGGUAUAAUAUGCAGUUACGAAUCACAAGAACUGUGUGGUGGCGAGUAAAUGUGCAGGGACGCAGCCUUCUACCUGUAAUUUCUUACUUCAGGGGUGUAACCGUUGCACAGAGGGUGCGCGGUCUCUGACCAUCAGCUCCGAAUCUGAGGGUAGGCCUCUAUAAAAACGCAGAACAAGG